AAGCUACUUCCUGUUUACAUUGACCACGUUCUGAAACAUGAAAAUCUUAUCGUUUUAUCAUCUAUAAGCUAUCUAAGUAUCACAAAUCUUGUAUGAUUUGAAUUAAUUUAUUACACUUCAUUAUUCUGACACAUUAAGAGGCACAUUGUCUUAACGCUUGAAAUUUUGAAACUUAAAAAUGAAGUCCAAGAUGCAGAAGUUCUCGAUGGUGAAAAAAAAGCCAGCACAAGUAAAGAGAUCAAAAAAUUUCAAGAAAAUUCAAGAAAAACGACAUAAAAAGCGAAAUACAGAUGACCCUGAAAUAGAGGCAUUGAAUGCAAGACUUUGGCCAUCCUUUGAUCAGCCUAAAGAAGUAUUUAAAACCUAAAGAAAUCAUUUUUGGCUAAUGUGAAGAGAUAUCACCCUGACGUCAUUUGCAUGUUUUGUCCCUGGUUCCGAUCGGGUCAAAACCCUGGUUCCGACGCUGAUAGGGUCAAAACCCUGGUUCCGACGCCGAUAGGGUCAAAACCCAGGUUUGGGAUAAGUUUAGGGUUCAGGUUAGGUUUAGAGAUAAAUUUAGGACAUAAGUUUGCAGGUUGCGGCAACCAUGGUAAAAAAACGCGGUGCUAUCUCUUCACAUUUACCCAUUUAUUAAUAUAAUGAAGGCUAGUUGUCUUUUGAGUGAGCAUUUUUUAUAUUACACAAUUUUUGUCAUCCAGACUUCCUCUUCCUAAGAAUAACUCAUUCCACCCAAUAUUAUAGGAUGGAAUUCUUUUCAUAGUAAUGCCUUUAAAUGAACAAGUGCAUGUUGUGGUUAAUUUCCAGAGACACAUUUAAACAUAGAGCCUAUGUAUUAUUUUGUAAAUAAUUUAUUAUAGCUACUUAAAUUAAACUUAAUACCAUACAGCCUAAUAUAAAAGUUUAAGCCAUGAUAAUAGCUCUGGAGGCUUAAAGAAAAGUAAUUAAACUAUUUUACUUUCAUAGCAUAUCUUUCAAUAUCAAGGAAUAACAUCCAAAAUGACAGACCAUUAAAAAAAAAAGCUCAACAAAUUCAUACCUAAGUGGUAUUGAAAGUGUCAUGCUGCUGUUCAUAAUUGUUUAACAAAAAAUAUGCUAAGACCUAAAAGAAAAAUCUCAAAGGCUAGUCAUUACUAUUGAGCUUUAUAUAAUAUUAAAAAAAUAAAAUAAACAUACACAAUAUUUAUAUUAUCCCUAAAAUGCCAGAGAAGUAUCAGUUAAUGGGUAUGAGGUUUUAUUAAAAAAAAAGAAAAUAGAUUUGCUUUUUGUUUUGUUAAACCAGGGUUUGAAUUUUUUUUUUUUAAUUUACUUGGAUUCUUGUAAUUUAUGAUCAUAUUAUCUCAGUAAAAUAUGAAUUUUUUUAGGACAUAGCACCAGCAGAUAUCAAAGCAUUUACAGAUCUUCCAAUAUCUAAGAAAACUCUGGAAGGUAAGUUUAUCACAACACAUGCCAUUAUACUAAUAUCCUUACUAGCUGUUUAGCUGAUACAAAUUUUAAGCCUUACAGUGAUACAGAAUUUAUUUAAAAUAGACAUUCACAUUGAAUUAAUAAAUGUUGCGGUUACACACCAUUAUAUGGUUUUUCAAAUUUAAUAGGUUUUAAUAUUAGGCUUGUUAAAUGAACAAUACGUAACUAAGGACUGAAAAAGCAGUACGCAAGGAAAAAUGACACCAAAGCUAGUGAUGUUAAAAAUAUUCAAUUUAUUUAUACUAUUUAGUUUAUAUAAAAAUACAAAAUCAAAUAUGCAGAAAUAAAAACUAUUAACUUUCAGCACAGCAAGUGGAAAAUCUAUAAUUCUCAAAAGAUAUUAAUGUACAGACACACACACACACAAAAAUAGUACAAUCUUGUAAGGUUCUUAUAAAUAUAUAUUUAAGUCUCAUAAGUAUUACGUCUAGGAUAUCGUGCAAAAAAAUCUCUUACAGCUGGGAAAGCUGCCCUUUUAUUUUUAGGGAGGGAGUUUGAACCCUUCAGAAACGAAAUUCUAAAAAGUGUAUCAUCCAAUAUCGUUCUUUAGAAAAAAUUAGAAAAUGAACAACCUUUUCCCAAUCAAGGGAGGGGGGGUAAUGGUAGAGUGCUACACAUCAAUCAGUUACGUCAAUAUCUAAACAAAAUAGAGGGUGGUGCAUGCCACAGCUCUACAUUGAAUAAAAAAAUUAAUCCAACAGGCAUGCUAUAACAGUUACCUUUUAUUAUUGCAGGACUCAAAGCCAAUAAUUUUACAAAGCCGACCGACAUCCAGCGCGAAUCUUUAAUGUUUGGACUCAAAGGCCAUGAUAUUUUGGGAGCUGCUAAAACAGGAUCAGGAAAAACCCUUGCUUUCCUAAUACCAGUGCGUUCAAGCCCUAUGCUUUGUGUUUGAAUAUUAAUUUUGCUAAAAUGUAUCUACUUAGAAAAUUGCUCUGGAAAUUGGACUUUUAACUUACAAAAAUAAAUAAAAUAUUCUUGACACAUAGAGACGCCAACAAAUCAGGAGGUCUUUUAUGUUUUAUAAAAAUAAAUAAUUAAAUGAAAACAACUUUCCAUUUUGUGUUAAACAUCAAUGGUUCUUAAAUUAUACCAUUGAAAUUUUCACACUGAUAAUUUUCCCAGAUUUUAGAAACGCUCUUUAAGCAGCGAUUUACCCCAAGCUUUGGGAUGGCAGCUUUAGUCAUUUCUCCCACCAGAGAACUUGCCUACCAAUCAUUUGAUGUGCUGAAAAAAAUUGGAAAGCUUCAUGAGUUGUCGUUUGGCCUUGUCACUGGAGGGAUGGUAAGCUCUUAAAUUACUUUUAUUAAAAGUUGAAAACAUGAAUUCUAGUCUGUAAAAAUUUAUUUCAUUAUUAAAACAUAGGUGACAUAUUACUUAAAGACCAAAGAAAUAAUUAUGGAUCUACACAUAAAUUAAUAUUAAAAAGGUGUAAUUACUGUAAUACAAUAAGUAUUAUUUUUUUUUAAUUGAUGCACAUUUUUAUUAAAGCAAGUGUAUCAUUGGUUUUUUUGUUUGUUGUUUGUUCCUCGUCUAGAGCCUGAAAGAGGAAGCCAAGAAAAUGAACAGUACAAAUGUCGUUAUAUGCACACCUGGUCGUUUAUUGCAGCACUUUGAGCAAACCCCAAAUUUCACUGCUGAUGAACUUAAAAUUCUUGGUAUUUUAUGCAAUGUCACGUCUAUUAUUAUAAUUAAAUGUGAACAGUUUUAAUAUUAUUGAUUGUUCAGAUAUUAUUUUUAAUUCAAUGUCUUGAUAACAUUUUUUUUGUUUUUAUAAUGAAGUAAUUUCUAUUUUUUUAAAAAGGAAAUAGCUAAUUUUUAAAAUGGUAAAAGCCUUUAAUAAACUUUUUUUUUUUUUUUUGGUAUGCACUGGCUUAUAAUGAUGAUAGAGCAAUGAUGAUGUGUGUUUAUAUUCAUCUGACUGUAAGAUGUUGUCUCUGUUAAAAUAUUUAUUUAUUUAUAUGCUGAAAAUAAAUGUAUACAAUGCAAUGGAAAAAAAAACAAUUCCAUUGAUGUGGAUUAAUAAAAGAAUCUUAUUUUUUUUUUUUUUUUUGGUAUGCAUUGGCUUAUAAUGAUGAUAGAGCAAUGAUGAUGUGUGUUUAUAUUCAUCUGACUGUAAGAUGUUGUCUCUGUUAAAAUAUUUAUUUAUUUAUAUGCUGAAAAUGAAUGUAUACAAUGCAAUGGAAAAAAAAACAAUUCCAUUGAUGUGGAUUAAUAAAAGAAUCUUAUCUUAUCUUUAAGGAGCUAAUAUGUGUUAAUAAAUGAUACAAAUUUUAACACCUUAAACGCCUGGUAUGACACCGGGACUAAUAUUGAAAGGAUUAUGUGUUAUUAAUAUGUCUUUUUAGCAUGUUGGAAUCAUUUUUUUUUUUUUCUUAAAGAAGAUAUCAUGGACGGUAAUGUCAUUUUAACUUAAUUUUAAGCCUCUCCAGAAUGCUUUUGGAAUGGUCAAAGUUAAACUCGUUAUGUUUCAUUUUAAAGUGUUUAUCUAUUUCGGGUUUGGAAAAAACUAAUUUUGUUUUAAAGGUGUAGGUUAAGUCUGCAACAAUUUAAAUCAAAUAUUUUAUCCCCAGUGUUAGAUGAAGCUGACAAGAUCCUACACAUGGGUUUCGCCAACACAAUGAACGCAAUUAUUGAAGCUCUGCCCAGGCAGAGACAGACUCUGUUGUUCUCUGCUACCCAAACCAAGUAAGCUGUGUUCCAUCUUACGGUGCAAUAGCCAUUUUAAAUCACUUGAGCCUCAAGUUUGAAAAAAUGAAACUCUUACGAUGUCUUUUCUCUCCCAAUGGUUUCAAAUGUCCAGAGGAGUUGAUUUACGUCAUUGAGUUGUGAAGCUGUUUAAAAAAAUAAAUGCAUUUCUAUUUUUGUCUCCGUCAGGUCUGUUAAAGAUUUAGCCAGACUCAGUCUGAAAAAGCCAAUUUAUGUAUCGGUCCACGAAAAAGCCAAGGAGACAACACCAACCAGCCUACAGCAGGUAAGAGAAAUAAUAGUAACUGUCGAAACUGAAUUGUGCACAUAAUUACAUCUUGAAAAUUAUAAACCUAAUUUUUCUGCUCAAACUCAAUGAGUUAUAGAUAAGAGUUGGAAUUUAACUGGAUUCUUUUUACAGGCUGUUCAUGUGCUUUCAUCAAUAUUAAUUUUUUUAAUUAUUAAAAUUUUAAAGUAAAUUUUUUUUUACAUAUUGCAUUUUUAUUUUAUUUUUCAUAUCCACAGCGCUACAUUGUGUGUGAAAUGCAGGACAAAAUAAAUACCCUCUGGUCGUUUAUCAAGAGCCACAAGCAAAAGAAAAUCCUCGCCUUCUUGUCAUGCUGUAAACAGGUGAUGAUUAAUAGAAAUUUUUUAAUUUUCUUUCCGGCAUCCGUCCAUCAUAAUGGGACGAUGGUGUAAACUUUGCAGGACGAAAUCACAAGGCCUGGGAUUUUUCUUUAGGAGGAUGAGCUGGUUCCCUAGACAGAGAAUCGCCUCUCUCCACGCACCUGGAUAACCCAAGGAAACACCAUGUGUGGAUGAUUAAGCUCAGCGCCAUUAGCGUCACAGGAGUUGCUGGAAUUUUUUUUGUGCCAAUGUUAUCUGCCUACUGGGCUCCAUCUCCGGGUUUGAUUUCAGAGUUUGCCUUCUCUUGGAUGAGUUGCCGUCCAAGGUUUAUGAGUCCCAUCCACCCGAGGGGUGCUGGUGAUGUUUUUGCAACUAGGCUUUGGUGGGGAUCAAACUUCAGAACACCAGCUUUUUGGAUUGACUCAGUAUAAAUGGUCAUAUAAUGUGAAGGAUUUUUUAUUUAUUCAUGUGAUCCUGUGCUGAUGACUUCCCCCACUCUUCCCACACUCUUCCCCCACUCUUCCCACAUUCUUCCCACACAGUUCCCACACUCUUCCCACACACUUCCUACACUCUUCCCCCACUCUUCCCACACUCUUCCCCCCUCUUCCCACACUCUUCCCCCACUCUUCCCACACUCUUCCCCCCUCUUCACACACUCUUCCCACACACAUCCCACACUCUUCCCCCACUCCCUCCUCUUUCCUCUCACCCUAUCCAACCCCUGAACCAAUGUACUCUCAUCUCUCUUCCCCCACUCCCUCCUCUUUCCUCUCACCCUAUCCAACCCCUGAACCAAUGUACUCUCAUCCCACCUUCCCAAACACCUGUUCCUCUCAGCAGCACCCCCCCCCCUCAACCCCAAACCUUUGACCUAAUUCAUCCCAAAACUACAACAUCUUCCUCCUCCCCUACACUGCCUUGCCCCCGGCACCCUGUCCUAUUCUUAUUCUAGAUUCUCUAUUACCCCCACCCUCCCCAUGUGCUCCCCAGCCUUUCCACAUUACUCACAUUUACGCUACAUACAGCACCUUAUGCACUAAAGUUAUGGUGUUAUAAACAAAAGGCAGACUGCGCCUGGCAGGACAUAUUGGAAGGAUGCCUGAUUGUAGAGCAGCAGAUUGAUAAUCAGGCAGAAAUCUUAGGGGCAGAUGACUCACCGGUUGCACAAGGCUGUGAUGGAUUGACGAUGUAGAGAAGGAUUUAUACCAGUGGGGGGUUCGUGCAUGGAGGCGGAAAGCCAUGGAUCGUUCCGAAUGGAAGGAUGUUGUGGACCAGGCCAAGACCUACAUCUGCUGUAGCACCACUGAUGAUGAUGAUGAUUUUGUAAACAAUCGAAAAAUAGUAGAGCUAUUGGAAUGUGUUUUGCACACUUGAUGUGCAGUACAUUAAACACUUUGACAGAUGGUUGAGCUAGAGAUUAAAUUAAAAAUUGCUGAUUUAGGUGUUUAUUUUACUCUUCCAGUUCACACAAGUAAAGCAUCUUAGAGAGCAAAUGUCCAUUUUGUUUUGUGCUUUCCACAGACUCGCUACCUGUAUCAGGUGCUGAAGAAGAUGCAUCCUGGUCUCACCAUCUUAUGUCUACAUGGGCACAUGAAGCAGCAUCAACGCAUGGAGGUUUACAACAGCUUCUCCCGUAAACAGCAUGCUGUCUUACUGGCUACUGAUGUAGCUGCGCGUGGUCUAGGUACUUUCAUUUAUGUCUGAAUUUAUAUCCUCUGUUUUCAUGCCCUUUCCAUCUCCACUUCUCUUGUUUCAUGCCCUUUCUAUCUCCACUUCUCUUGUUUCAUGCCCUAUCCCUCUCCACUUCUCUUGUUUCAUGCCCUAUCCCUCUCCACUUCUCUUGUUUCAUGCCCUAUCCAUCUCCACUUCUCUUGUUUCAUGCCCUUUCUAUCUCCACUUCUCUUGUUUCAUGCCCUUUCUAUCUCCACUUCUCUUGUUUCAUGCCCUUUCUAUCUCCACUUCUCUUCUUUCAUGCCCUUUCUAUCUCCACUUCUCUUGUUUCAUGCCCUUUCUAUCUCCACUUCUCUUGUUUCAUGCCCUAUCCCUCUCCACUUCUCUUGCUUCAUGCCCUAUCCCUCUCCACUUCUCUUGUUUCAUGCCCUUUCUAUCUCCACUUCUCUUGUUUCAUGCCCUUUCUAUCUCCACUUCUCUUGUUUCAUGCCCUUUCUAUCUCCACUUCUCUUGUUUCAUGCCCUAUCCCUCUCCACUUCUCUUGUUUCAUGCCCUUUCUAUCUUCACUUCUCUUGUUUCAUGCCCUAUCCCUCUCCACUUCUCUUGCUUCAUGCCCUAUCCCUCUCCACUUCUCUUGUUUCAUGCCCUUUCUAUCUCCACUUCUCUUGUUUCAUGCCUUUUCUAUCUCCACUUCUCUUGUUUCAUGCUCUAUCCCUCUCCUCUUCUCUUGUUUCAUGCCCUAUCCCUCUCCACUUCUCUUGUUUCAUGCCCUAUCCAUCUCCACUUUUCUUGUUUCAUGCCCUUUCUAUCUCCACUUCUCUUGUUUCAUGCCCUAUCCAUCUCCACUUCUCUUGUUUCAUGCCCUUUCUAUCUCCACUUCUCUUGUUUCAUGCCCUUUCUAUCUCCACUUCUCUUGUUUCAUGCCCUUGCUAUCUCCACUUCUCUUGUUUCAUGCCCUUUCUAUCUCCACUUCUCUUGUUUCGUGCCCUAUCUAUCUCCACUUCUCUUGUUUCAUGCCCUUUCUAUCUCCACUUCUCUUGUUUCAUGCCCUUUCCCUCUCCACUUCUCUUGUUUCAUGCCCUAUCCAUCUCCACUUCUCUUCUUUCAUGCCCUAUCUCUUCACUUCUCUUGUUUCAUGCCCUAUCCAUCUCCACUUAUCUUGUUUCAUGCCCUAUCUCUCUUCACUUCUCUUGUUUCAUGCCCUUUUCAUGCCCUAUCUAUCUUCACUUCUCUUGUUUCAUGCCCUUUCCCUAUCUUCAUUUCUCUUGUUUCAUGCCCUAUCUAUCUUCACUUCUCUUGUUUCAUGUCCUUUCCCUAUCUUCAUUUCUCUUGUUUCAUGCCCUAUCUAUCUUCACUUCUCCUUUUUCAUGCCCUUUCCAUCUGACAAGAUGUAUCCGACUUGCAUUAAUUACCCACAUGAAAUAUAACAGAUUUCCCUGUGGUGAACUGGGUUAUACAGGUGGAUAAGCCAGAGAAUGUGGACACUUACAUUCACAGAGUCGGACGUACCGCAAGGUCAGUACACAGUUCAUUUUAAGAGUUUUAUAAAUGAGCAUCAACAAGGCCUCCCUUAGGACCUUUAACAUUCACCACCCAAUUCAUCUUAGUGAAAUAUUGGGGAGGACUCCUUGCUCAGGUUGAAGCAAUAGAAAAUAACUUUUUAAAAAGAAGCUUAGGGGAAAAUCUGGAGGAAAAAAAAAAAAGAAACCCUAUCACCUCGCCGUGCUCUGGAGCACUGCUUAAAAUAAGUUGGGGUUUUGUUUUUUUGUUUUGUUUUUUUAAUUGUUUAAUUCUUCUAGCACUGUUUGCUGGAGAAGGCUUCUUGGAGAAAUCAUCAGAAUUUUGUUUCUUCUCUUUUCCCCCCAGAUUUUCCCCUACCAUGUGCAUUUUUUUGCUUUUUUAUUCUCAUCAUCUUACAAAACUGACAGCACAUGAUUUACGACCAAUGUAUAUAUUACAUUUUGAUAAGUUUAAUUUUUAGAUCCAAGGAGGUUUUCGAUUUGCGUGAUUUUUUUAAAAACAAUAUUUGAACCAGGUAUGAGAAGGUAGGUGAAGCCUUGCUCUUGUUGCUGCCCUCUGAGGAAAAGAAAAUGGCGGAAGACCUUGUGAAAAGAAAAAUACCAAUAGUCAAGCUUAAGUGAGUGAAAAUUUUGUGUUAGUUCUUAUUCGGCCUGUUUGUCACCUGGUUACCACCCACCCGUAUGGCGCUACAGCCCAUGUUCAGUCUCCCAAUAUUUUUCAUCUUCAAUAGUGAUGCUACUGUCACUCAGUGCUAUUAGCUUAAAUUAAAAGCUUUGCCCAAUAAAUCAUUAUUUCUCCUAUGAUGACUCCACUAAUGCUCUUCUUUAGAGUUAACAAGAAUCGUAUGUUUGAUGUCACCAAAAAGUUGGAGAGCUUGUGUGCAGCUGAUAAAGACCUUAAAGACAAUGCUCAGAAGGUAAUAAUAAUAAUAAUUAACAUUGAUUUCAUAAUUUUUUAAAAUAUAACAUCGAUAUUUCUAUGUAUCUAUUUUGGUCACAGAUUUUAAAAACAUGUAUAAUUCAUGUACAAUGAUAAUCAUAGGCUUAUUUCCUUUUCAGCUCCAGUAUUCCAUUAUUAUGUAUCAAUAAUUAAUGAAUGUUAAAAAAAUCUUGCUUUUCUAACCCAGGCAUUUAUAUCUGUGAUGAAGACCCUUUAUGUGCUUGACAAAUCAAGUUUCCAAAGUGUUGACUUGGAGGCAUUUGCCGCGUAAGUAGAGCUACAUUUUUUUUAGCUACCGUCUCAAUUUCGUUUGAUGACAUGUCUUCUGAAGAUAAACUCAGCUGCUAGGUUAGUUCUAAAGGUAAAGAAGCAUGAUCAUAUCACUCCACUACCUCACGCACUUCAUCGGUUCCCUUUACAGGCACGCAGUGAUUAAAAGCCGUCUGUUCUCUGUCACAACUUUUUCUCUGGUUCCUGCCCGUCCUAUUUUACUAAACUUCUUUUUGUAUAUUCACCCCUUCGACAGCUUGGGUGGGCAGGCCAAAUCUUUUUUACAAUGCUGUUUUAAAAUUUUUUUUUAAUGUCAUGUUUUAUUUUUUGCUGGGGUACUGCGCUAUUUAAGACCACAUAAAUAAUAAUAAUAUGGCAGAACCCUUUCACUGGCUAUGAUUGGAGAAGAGAAAAUAAAUUUAAACAAUGUUUUGCCAUCUAGAUCUCUAGGUUUAGUGCAAGCACCAAAACUCCCUUUCCUAGAAAAGAAGAAAAAAUCAGAAUCAUCAACAGGAGCCUCUGUAACAGAGUUAACAAGUACACAGGACGAUGAUGAAAGUAGUGAAGAAGAUGAUGAUGAUUCUGAGGAUGAAAAAAGCAGUGACAAUGAAGGGGAUGUAAAAAAAUGGCUGAAAAAUAAGAAAACUCUCAAGUGAGUUGUGUGAUUAUUUGAAGUGCAUUAUAAAUAUUCAUCACUCUUUAAUAUGUAAGAAGCGAAUAUAACAAUUUGAUUUUAAACAUCAAUUAGUAAUGAAAAACCAAUUCACAAAAUGGAAUUGUUUAAAUAUGAGAAAAGAAAAGGGAGCAAACCAAGCCGCAUCUUCCACUCUCAAUAACUUGACUUUUAUUUGUUUAGUUUUGGUGUAAACAGCGAUGAUGAUGAUGACGACAAUGACGGAGACAUUUACAAUGUGGUUAAAGACGUCAAGCCAGGUGAAAAUGAAGAGAGCACUGGUGACAAUGAGCAGGUCAGUCACCAGUUGAUCAGGGUUGAGAGUUAUUGGUCAGGUUUAUAUAAAAUAAAUAAAAAACAUGAAAAAUUCUGUUCUUUGAAAAAUGAGAAACUUAAUUCAGUUACAUUUGAAGCUGUCGUAGCCCUGAACAUUCAUAUCUGAACUUCCUUUAACACAGCUGGCGCUGGUUGAGGAGACGAGGUCAUCCAAGAAAAAGUCCAGAGCCAGGGAGAAGUUAAAGCUGCUCAAAUACACAACCAGGAUCACCUUCGAUGAGGAAGGAAAUGUAAGACUUUCUAAUUUAAUGCAUUUUAAAGAAGCUUGUUGAUCGAGUCAAAAAACUAAUGUCCCCAUUUUUCUUAAGCUUGUAGUAUGACUCCUUUAAAUAAAUAUGGAAAAAUAAUAAUAAAACAGCAGAAUAUUAUUUAUAUAUAAAAAAAUGAAACAAAAAGUUUUUAACACCAACAUGGCACUCAAUGUUUUACUUGUGUACAUGAUUAGUAACCAAAGUUUUGAAAAAAUGAGAGUUAAAAUAUAAAUUUUUAUUAACAUGUAAUUGGCAAUAUUUUAAUAAAGCAAGUUUAUUUAAUUAUUUUUUUAAAGUGUUUAUUAUGCUCCAUUAUCUCUAAUUUUAAAACACUCCGUCUCGUGGUUGAAGAUUUACUUUUUUUUCUCUUGGGUAUUCUUGUUUUUAUAUGUUUUUUUUUUUUUUCAAACAGGUGGAGGGACAAGAGAGUGAUGAUGAUGCUGGUGGGUUGAACAUUGAUCAGGCCAGGGAGAGAAUGAAAGAGCGAGACAAGACAGACAAAGAGCUUCAAAGACAGCGAAUCAAAGAGCAACACAGGGUGAGUCAAAUUAUUAGAACAUCUGGGAAAAUUCUGGAGCAUUAAAAUUUUAUUUCAGCUCAUUUGGAAAAUAAUAAAAAUCAAACUGAAUUCCACAGAGAGCUGAUCAAGACAAAUGUGUGGGAUAUCAGAGUAGGAAAAAUUACUUAUAAGUGACUAAACAACUUUUAUGAUUUAAUGUUAUAUUCAAGAUUUAGUAAUCACAUCAGUUUUUUUGCAAUAAUGGUUCUGACCAAUGAGCAUUGCUUAUUUGCUGAUCUGAGUUUUUAUUCUAAUGCAGGAACAAAGGCUGAAAUUAAAGGAAAAAAGACGCUUGGCUGAGAUGGAGAAACGAGGGCAAUCUGUAAGUACGAAUGGGGUUGGGUAGGAUCCAUUUUCUUCAUUUCAUUAUAUGCUCAUAUAUUAUUAUAAUAAUAAAAUCUUGAUUCAAUGUGUUUAAUUAAUUGUGUAAAACGAUUGAUUGCAAGCUAACCAUUUCCUGUUAAAUUUCAUUAUUUCUGUAUAUCAUUCCAAAAUAGGCUACAGAGAAUGAAGUAGUUUUAGACACGCCUGAUGAAAGUUCUCCGAGUGAUGAUGAGAAAGUCACUGAACAGUCAGAUAAUGACCAUUCCGAGUCUGAUGAAGAGAAUUCAGAUAAUGCUCAAGCUGAUGAAACAGAAGAUGAUGAGUGAGUUGGUUUUCGUAUGGGUCACUUAUCCCCCUACAUCACACCCCCCCCCCCCCUCCUAUUCUCCCAAAUAAUUAAUUUAGGCUGUUUAAUAGUCAGGAUUACAAAUUUUGAUGAAGACAAUUCAGGUCAGUGCCAAAAUUACACUCACAUCAAAGUACCGGUACCAGUCUUAAGUGAUUAAUUUAAAUAUGUUGAAUAAAUGUUGAAAGUUGAUUAAAUUUUAUUUUUUUACACCACUGUUUAGACCCCUGCCCAAAAAACGAAAAGUUGUUGCAAAUGUCUCGGACGAAGAAGACAUUCAAGAUGAUAGUUCAGAUGAUGAUGAAGAUCAGAGUUUUGAUGGAGACCAAGCCUCUGGAAAUGAAAGUGAAAUCGGAGCAGAAGAUAUAGAGCAAGAGGAAGCCGCAGUAUUAGCUUUGCUGGGAGGGACAAGAUGAUUUUACUUACUAGAAUGUAAAGAGAAUGUGUUGGUAUGUUAGUGGUAGCUGGGUGUACAUUUGUUUUAGAGAGAAUUUGGAGUAAAAGUGAACAGCUUAGCAGAAAAAUACUGAGUUGUAAUGAGUGAACAAUUACUGUAAAAUUGGUUGUUGGAAUUAAAUUUAUAGUUAAAUUAUUGUCU